CCUACACGAUAAACUUGUCGAUAUACACGAAUAUUUUUUAAUUCUUUUAAGUGGUAGGGCAACAUUGUUGAUAAACAGCUGUUUUCCUCACCGCGUUGGGUAAAUUUACUACUCGGCCAAUUUAAAUUAGUUUGAUUUAUUAAAACCAUGGCGGAUGAAGCAGAGGAUCCUAACAAGACUUUCUUCAUAUUUGGUCGCGAUGUUUCUCAGAUUCCAUGCUUUCGUAACAGUUUUCUUUAUGGCAUCAGCGGAGGAAUGGGCAUCGGAGUGUUGACAUUCUUGGGCACUUCCCGGCCACAUUUAGCAACCCACGUUGGAUUUGGGAGCUUCUUUUGUGGUACAAUUGUAUAUUGGAUGGCCUGCAGAUAUCAAUGGUCAUUACGCCGCUUUGAGCAACAACAACUGAGAGAGGCAAUGCGACGUCAGGCUCAGUAUGAAGGUACAGAGGUAGAACGUGAAUUGGAUCUUAAAACGGCGUAGCACUGACCAAGCCCUUCAUGUAUACAUGUUACGAAUGCAACGUAGCUGUUUAUUUGUGAUGUAAAUAUCCAACGUAUACCUAGUACACUUAAGUAUGCCACUUAAGGCUCUGUCCUGGUUUAUAUAAAUUUAUAUGAACUGGAUUGGAGCUGAUUCUAAAGAUAAAGUAAGCAGCUUUAUCUUGAUUCAGAUUUAAGUUUAAAUUGACACAUUUUUAUUUGUAGUUGAAAUACUUUGUCAAGUAUUAAUAAGCAAACAAUAUA